AUGUUCUGUCCAUUUUUACAUUUGCAUUUCUAUCUUUAUCUAUCUAUGUAUCUAUCUAUGUAUCUAUCUAUCUAUUUAUCUAUCUCUUGGCAUCUAUCUAUCUAUAAAUUUCAAUCUCUUUGCAUCUAUUCAUCUAUCUAUCUAUCUAUCUAUCUAUCUAUCUAUCUAUCUAUUACAGUCUAUUUGGAUCUAUCUAUCUAUCUAUCUAUCUAUCUAUCUAUCUAUCUAUCUAUCUAUUACAGUCUAUUUGGAUCUAUCUAUCUAUCUAUCUAUCUAUCUAUCUAUCUAUCUAUCUAUCUUGAAAAUAAAUAUCUGCUCCUUAUCUAUCUAUUCAUCCAUCCAUCUAUCCAUCUAUCCAUUCAUUCAUCCAUUUCAGUCUGUCUCUUUAUCCAUCUAUUCAUUCAUCUAUCUAUCUAUUCAUCUAUCCAUCUCCAUCUAUCUAUCCAUCUAUUUCAGUCUAGUCUAUCUAUCUAUCUAUCUAUCUAUAUCUAUCUAUUCGGUAUCCAUGCAUCUAUCUAUCCAUAUCUAUCUAUCUAUUUAGUCUAUCUUUAUUAUCCAUCUAUCUAUCUAUAUCUAUCUAUCCAUCUAUCUAUCUAUUUCAGUCUCUUUACAUCUAUCUAUCUAUCUUGA